GGGGUAUUUGGUGGAGGGGACAAGAAAGAGAGGCAGCUAUUUGACAGCCGGAGUUUGUUUUACAGAUCGAAUUUAGUUUUCAAGCAGUUGCUGUACUUAAGAGACAGUUAUUCGUGUUCCGUUCAGGAUUAUAGACAACAGUUGCAUGAACGUUUAAUCUGGUGUUCUGUUCCAAGUGUUUAUGCUGAUUUGCUGGCAUCCUGGAUGUGGUGGUGAAGCCACAGCCUGAGCCGAGCUCCGCCCCUUCGUUCCCGCUCUCAAGCCCGGCUUCCGUGAUGAUUCCUGCUUCCUGUUCCCUGGAAAACCGUCUGCUCUCCCAGCCCACUCACGUUUCCAAACUCUCCUUGGAGAAUCCCAUCCUAGCCUGCGUUCCGCUCACUACCGCCCCCUCAACUCUCCUGAAAUCUCCCCUUCUUCCUGCCAGGCCCUCGUGCUUAGAUACCCCCUUUCAGAGUGCAUCCAGGUUCCUGUGCACUGCAAAAAGGUUGCUAUCCACCGGGGAUCCAGGCUUGUCUAAGUCUCUCCACUCCUCUGUUUCGUUGUUGACAAGCCGAGCUCUGACCCCCAGCGCUCUCCUGCAGUCCUCCCCUCUGAGAUUCACCAAGACUGGGGCUGGAGUUCAAGCUGUCAGCCUCCUCUCCAAAUCCCUGGAAGAUCACCCACAGUCCCAUGAAGAACAGCCAAAGUGCGCUGCUCCUUCAUGCCAAGAUGUACAGGACCCCAGGCAGGUGGCCGAGGAGAUGCCUGUGUACGAUCUCUGGGAUAAUGAAAAAGAGGAGGAAAAGGAGGAGAGAGAACAGACGGAGGCUCUGAGAGAACUGCAGGAGAGAGGAAACUCUGUGGAAGAACAGCUGAGAGGGAAGAAGCUCCUGAUGUUGAAUGCAGUGUGCUGUUCGCUGAUCAACAGAGAGUCUUUGCCCACUCAGGCUGACUUGGCUGAAGCUCAGAGCACCUGGUCCACUUUGAAAACGCUAGCUGAGGAAAUCUCGCAGCAUGACGCUGAGUUCACCCUGAAGGUUGCUGUGUACACACGUCAGGAGCUGAAUAUCCGCUACACUGCUAACUUCCUGCUGGCACUGGCAGCUCACCUGCCCUCCUGUCGCCCUCACCUGCACAGAUACUUCAGCUCUGCAGUACAGCUUCCCUCUGACUGGAUCGAGGUGGCCAGGACUUCCAGCACGUGUUUUGGUUCCAGCCUCCCCUCCUGCCUCAGGAGAGCCAUGACUGACAAGUUCAAGCAGUUCAGUGAGUUCCAGCUGGCAAAGUACAAUACAAGGAAGAUGCGCUGCAAACACCGAGGAACCAAGACAAGAGGACAAGGGAAAGGAGAGCAAGAGUCUAAAGCCACGAUUCAGAAAUGGGCUAAUUCUCUCUGCUGUGACGACUCUCAACUCAAGUGUUAUCUCCAAUCUCAGACCAGGGCACCCGCGCAGAAGCAGCAGGACCAGUUCAACAUGAAGAAGCUGAUUCAGAAACUGCACAUCAAGGAGCCUGCGCAUCUCGUCAUGGGGUUGCUACGGCGCAGGUACCCCUCUGAUCUGCAGGCGUUCUUCCGAAGCGGGCUCUCGGGACCCUGGGACUCUCAGAGGGCAGGUCAGAGAAUGAAGCUGCAACAGCCUGAGACCUGGGAGCGCAGCCUGUGUGAGCAGGGCAAUGAGGCUGGAGCCUGGGAGAAUCUUAUAGAUAAGAACAAGCUUCCCUUCAUGGCCAUGCUGAGGAAUCUGCGCAACAUGAUCAGAGCGGGGAUCAGCGAGGCUCAUCACACGAGGGUCAUUAACAGAUUGACCAGCAAGAAAUUGGUGAUGAACAGCAGGCAGUUUCCUUUCCGAUUCCUCUCGGCUUACAAAGUCAUCCAGGACUUGGAGCAGCAGCUGAAGGAAGCAGAGAAGCAGAAACUGAGCUCCUCGCAGCUGUUGAGGGAAAUUCUGGAGAAGGUUCCUAAGAGGAAAACCCUCUGUCAAUUCAGCUGGGCCUCGGCUGGCCGCAAGAGGCUGAGGAGGACCCUGGCCGUGCCCUUCGUCUAUCGGCAAGUCAAGAACAGGAAGAGCCAGCAGCUCAAAGCAGGCCACCUGCAGUUUGACAAGGAGCUGUUGCAUCGAUACCGGUGCGCCCUGGAGACCUCCAUCCAGCUGUCCUGCCGUUACAACGUGCCCCCUCUGCCCGGACACACUCUGCUGCUAUGCAGUGCGGGCUGGGAGAUGCUGAGCGUUUGUCAGGGGACCAAGGGGCUGUGCUGCUUCUCGGGUUCGGAGCAGGGGACAAAGCAGGGCACCACGGUCCAGGAGGUGGCAGUGUUGCUGGCUCUGAUGAUGGCCCACGCCAGUGAGCAUGCUCAGCUCUACCUGUUUGACCAAGACUGCAAGGAGGUGGAGCUACAGCAGGGGGAGGUGCUGGAGAAUGUGGGGCGUGUCAUAAAGCAAAUUGAGCAGGAUUUGAAAUCGCAAAGCCCAGCAGACCCCCUGCUAUCCCUGCCUCAGCUCUUCUUCAAUCUCACAGCUCAGAGGAUUAAGGUGGACACUGUGGUGGUUCUGGGGAGCAGUGUGGUCAGUGAUGAGUUCAGAUUCUCCUUACAGAGGUAUCAAAGAGAGGUGAACCCUCACACACUGCUGGUCAAGGUCCUGCUGGACAGCAGGGAUAGCAAACCCAAUGCAUCAGUGGAUCUGAACUGCGUGGAGUUACAUGGGUUCAGUGAACAGAUUCUGAAGUUUGUUGCAGAGAGGGGCUCCUCCAGAUUAUUGGAUCACAUCCACCACAUUGAUGAGCUCUACAACAUCCCACCACAGGGGGGCACUACAGGCCGACGUGAAGAGGCAGUGGAGAUCUGCUGUGUCCCUCCGACCCCCCGAAACAGGUGGCGCAGUGUGCGAGUUUUCGUCUCCUCCACAUUUCGAGACAUGCACGGUGAGAGGGAUCUGCUGGUGCGCAGUGUGUUCCCGGAGCUCCGACUGAGGGCAGCGCGACUCUGUGUCAGCCUGCAAGAGGUGGACCUGCGCUGGGGCAUCACUGAGGAGGAGAGCAACCGGGCGGUGGAGCUGUGUCUCACAGAGGUGUCUCACAGUCAGCUGUUUGUUGGGAUUCUGGGAGAACGCUAUGGGCUGGUCCCAGGACAGCUCACCCUGCCCGACCUGCCUCACUUCAGAUGGCUCCAGUCCGCACCCCCGGGGCGAUCCAUCACAGAGCUGGAGAUUCUGCAGUUCCAGAAUCAGAACGGAGAGGCGGCCCCAAGCAGGAUGUUCCUGUACCUGCGCAACCCGCAGCUUCUCAGGUCCGUGCCACAGCAGUGGGAGAAAGACUUUGCAGCCGAGUCAGAGGAGGCGAGGAAGAGGAUGGCAGACCUGAAGAGUCGAUUGUUGAACAGCGGGGUCCCGAUCACUGAGAACUACCCCUGCGAGUGGGGGGGUGUGUCAGCCGGGAAGCCCUUUGUGAAGGGGCUAGAGGAGUUUGGGAAGAAAGUUCUGUCCGACCUGUGGGGGGCGCUGUUGGAUCAGUUUGCUCAGGAAGAAGAGAGCUCAGAUACAGGGUCGGAGGUCACCGCACAGGAAGUGUUCCAGGAAUGGCAGCAGCGACAGUUCUAUGGGCGGAGGAAGCUCCUCGCCAUGGCAACCCAGAAGCUGCAUGAGCUGGGGAAAGGGGGCUUGUUCAUCGUCCCAGGGGGUGCGGGAGAAGGAAAGACCGUGUUCUUGGCCUCCCUGGUCAAUGAACUGAAGUCCCCGACAGACACGGCCAAACCUUCCACCGACGUUACCUUCUACUUCACUGGAGCCAGCCAAUCAGCAAAGAGCGCUGGGAGGUUCCUCCGUUAUCUCGUCCAAUCCCUGAGCCAGAGACUGGGGCAGGAGGUGGAGCUUGCUACAAGCUACAGGGCGCUGUUGCUGCAGCUGGAGCCUCUGCUGCAGAGAGCGUGUAAAGCCGGGUCCAAACGACCGCUGGUUAUCCUGGUGGACGGAGCUGACCUGUUGGAGAAUGAGAAGGGACUGCCUUCGUCAGACUGGAUACCACAGAGCCUCCCACAGCGAGUGACUCUGGUUCUGAGUGUCUCCUCUGAUUCUGCCCUCCAUCGCUCGCUAGCCAGACGCAAAGACGCAGUCGAGUUUCCCUUAGGACCGCUUUCACUUCUGGACAAGAGGGAGAUGGUGGAGCACAGCCUGGCUGCCUAUGGGAAAAAGCUGAGCGACUCUGCCUUCAAUAACCAGAUCCGAGUGCUGCUGAUGAAAAAGGGAUCCCAGCAUCCUCUCUACCUCAGACUGGCCUGUGAGGAGAUCCGAGCAUUUGGAGUCUUUGAGAAGAUAAAGGAAGGCCUGCAGUCCCUCCCCCUCACUCUCACUCAGCUGCUCCAGCAUGUGCUGGCUGGUCUGGAGCAGAGCUGUGGGGCUGGGCAGAUCGCCUGGGCCCUGGCUGCGCUCGGUGUCAGCAGAACAGGUCUGAGGGAGCGAGAUCUCUACUCCUUACUGACCAUGUGCAAAGGGCUGGGCCCAGACCCUGUCACCUGGCAGGAAGUAAUGCGAUGUGCUGAGAGUUUGGAGAACAACCUAGUUCCCAUGGCAACGUUCUCUCACCUGAUGAGGGGUUUGCAAAGUGUGAUUGGCCAGUGGGAUGCACAGAACCCGGAUUCUCGACUCUGCCUGACCAAUAGUCAGGUGAGGUCAGCCUUCGAGCAGAAGUAUCUGAAGAGGGGGCCAGUAAGACAGAUAGCUCACCUCAUCACAGCAGCCCUCCUGUGGAAGCUCUCUGACCCUGAGGUUGCUGGAUCCUUCAGGCACUGUGACCCAGAUGCUCUUGUUGAGCUGCCCUUUCACCUGGUGCACAGUGGGCAGCUGGAUCACUUGCAUUCCCUGUUGACCAGCUACGACUUCCUCUAUCUCCAUGUGAAACUGGGGCUGCUUCCUCACCUCUUGGAGACCUACACUCUGUACCUCUCCUCAGCUGGUCCCCAUGACGAUGUGGAGCUGCACCUGGGUUUCCUGCGCCGCCACGCUCAUAUCCUAUCCCAGAAUCCCUCGCUGUUCCUGCAGCAGGCCCUGAAUGAGCCCGACUCCUCGCUGCUGUGUGUUGCAGCCCAAAGGAUUGUGGGUAUGGAGCCGGGGGCGGCCGGCCGGGUACAUGUAAUGAGGUGGCUGAACAAACCACAGACACCACAGAGCAUUGACAGUAAGGCCAUUCUGAUCCCGGCUCUGCCCUGCUGCGUGGCUCUCAGUCCGUCGGGGAGACUGGCAGUGGUGGGCACAUCGCUGGGGCAACUCCACCUGCUAAACAUGGAGACUGGGCAGGAAGUGAGGUCACUGGUGAGCAGCUGCGACGGUAUCUCUGGCUGUGUUUUCCUGGGAGAGUUGACAGUCUGCUCCACUUCUUUUGAUGGGAAGAUUGAGGUGUGGGAGACGAGCAAUGGCUGCAGAAUUCUUCAGAUCGAAGCACAUCGCGAUCGCAUCACAGGAUGUGACCUCGACGCUGACAGGAAGCACCUCGCUACGGUCUCACUAGAUGCUGAGCUGAAGGUGUGGGCAGUAGCCAAGGGCAGCCUGGUGCUCACUCUCCCUCACUCUUAUCCCCUGAACUGUGUGACCUUUCACCCCGAGGGUCAGCUGAUAGCCACCGGGAGCUGGGAUAGGUCGAUCAGGAUAUGGAAUUGGUUAAGCGCUCAGAUCGUGGCAACUCUCUCCGGUCACUCGGCCUCAGUCCGCAGUCUCUGUUUUGCCCCAUCCGGAGUCUCGCUGGCCUCAGGCUCUCUGGACGGGGAGGUCAGGCUGUGGUCAGUGCCGGCCACAGUGUGUUUGGACAGCUUCCGUGCACACCAGGGCUCCACCGCGGCACUGCGCUUCAUCCAGAAGGGGGCGCUGCUGCUCAGCACUGGUGGUGACAGCACGGUGAGACUCUGGUCUGGCAGUCUGGGUCAGUUGACCAGGCGUCUGGGCCCCUCUCACUCUCCUGCUCUGUCUGUGGCGCUCAGAGGAGACUAUGUAGCCAUCGGCUACCAUAGCAACGGCAUCCGCAUCUACAACACCCUCUCGGGUGAGCUGUGCUGGCAGAGCGAGGACCCCAAGGUGUCUGUGUGGUGCCUAAGCUGGCUACACCAGGGCACAGUGCUGGUGUCAGGCAGUAACGACCGGCUACUAAGAGUGUGGAGGAGGGAGGAAGGGGAAGGGUGGAGGAUGAGCUGCCAGCACCUUCUCAAACACCACGGUGGGGCUAUCCUCGCCCUGGCAUGCUCCCAGAAACUGCUGGCUUCCUCGUCGGAUGACUUCUCUGUGGCGCUGUGGUCAGUGGAGGAGCUUAAUGGUCACUUGAGGGAUGUCGCUCCGGUCGCCGUGCUGAGAGGUCACUCUGCAGGGGUCACCUGCCUCUCUUUCAGCUCCGAUGGACGAGAGCUCCUGAGCGGGAGCAAGGAUCGGAGUCUGGUAUUAUGGGAUGUGCAGAGCUGCCCUCCCACUCUCUCGCGGUCCUUCACGCACUGCCACAAGGACUGGAUCACAGGGUGUGUCUGGAACUCCGGUCUGCUGGUGAGCAGCUCCAAUGACUGUCGAGUCCGGGUGUGGGACCCCAGCUCUGGAGAGUGUGUGAGGGAGCUCCUGGGACACAGCACUGCAGUGAGCUCUGUCUGCAGUAUUGGGGAGUAUGUGAUGUCAGCGGGAGUGGACGGAGAGAUGCGAGUCUGGAAGCUGUCUGGAGCUGAAAUCACCCGGAUCUCGGCCCACUCCAGCAGAAUAAACCACUGUGGGAUGAUCUCCUUCACCGGCAGGAAGGAGGUGAGGCAGGACGAGCUGCUGGUUGCCACGGUGAGUGAUGAUGGAACCGUGAAGCUCUGGCACCGCCUUGUGGUGCAGCAGGUCAGUACCCUGAAUGGCCACAGUGAGGCAGUGUGCGCCGCGGCCCAUCAGAAAGCAGUGCCAUUCUUCCUCACUGUGUCAGAAGAUCAUUCCCUGAGAAUAUGGAGUCCUCCUGAAGAUACAGCUGAGACUGCUGCAAGAUCUCCUCCACUCCAGCAGGGGGGCGUCACAGCCCUGGCCUUCUCUCUCUGCGGUGAGCUGUUGCUGUCAGGCAGUGCCCAGGGGGAGCUGUGUGUUUGGCAGCAGAACUCUGUGGUCCUGCGGAUCCAGGUGAGUAAGAGUCCAGUCACUGCGCUGGUCUUCAUUUCGCACACACAGUUUGCUGUUGCUUCAUAUGACGACACCAUCUCCACCUGGAAACUGGAUAGACUGCUUCCUGAAGCUAAAACACAGGUCCAGAGACUGUCCACCUACAGAGUGAAGUCCUCAGUGACCUGCUUGACUUACGAAAACAAGCUGCUUGCAGGCUGUGCUGACGGGACCAUACUGAGCCUGCCUGACAAGCAAGACCCCCUCGAAAACUUGCAGUCAGGAUGUCACAUUCUCGGCUUCUUACCAAAGACGGAUUCAUCCGUGCGGAUUGCAGUCGAAGAAGGAUCGCUUUACCUUCUAGAAUCUGAAAAACCCUUCCAAAGCUCUAAUAUCAGGAAGCAGCAGCUGAUGGGCAGUCUGUGUCAAGACCUGGACUCCUGGAUUACUGCUGUCUCUUUAGACGAGGACUUGGUGAUUUGUGGCGAUUCAAAGGGGCGCUUGUGGUUCAACGAUCCUCAAGCCAUUCACUCAUGGAACAAGAAGCAGGUUCACAGGGACAAGAUCAGUGCUUUGAAAAUAACAGAUGAGAUCAUUAUUACAGGCUCUUGUGAUUGCAGUGUGAAGCUGUGGGAUCGUCUCACAAAGAAGCAGGUGGGUCUGUUCCAGUGCCAGGGUCCUGUCUCGUGCAUGGAGGUCAGACCAGGCCUGUCUGCAGUUCUGGCUUGUGGAGACAGCCUGGGAAACACUUACUUUAUCAAAUGGAAAGAUUGAACUACGAGCCAGGAGACAUAGCGCUACAAGAUCACCAAAUAACCUAGAUUGUGAAGAAUCUGGUUUUACAACACUGCACAUAUUCCAGCUUUACAUAGUAAUCUGGAGGUUUUGCAUUGUUGAGCCCCAAUCUGUGUGAUUAAAAAAAAAAAAAGUAAUCUUAUUUGUCUUGCAUAUAUAUCCAUUUGAUAUAAAAAAUAUUUUAGAUUUCACUGCCUCAUUUUCAGUUUGCUUGUUUCCAUAGCAAUGCACCAUCUCAGCUGUGAAUUGUGGGAUUGUAGUCCUGAACUUCAUUGAAGUCCUGAGAUAUGUUGAUUAGCUCUUAACCCUUUCAUGCAUGAAAUAUUAAAAAAUGAAAAGAUUUACUUAGAAAUUGAUUUAGACAGCCUUAGGGCCAAAAUCUGGAGAUUUAACAUGAGCCGAAUCAGGAAUUCUGUAAUAAAGUUUGGAAAUUGAUUGUUCAAUAUAGACAAGACAAGACAUAUAUAUAUCACACACACACACACACAUCUUUCAGUGUACCCUUGCCAAUAAAUUAGCUGACAGAUUAGUCGAAAGGCUGGUUAGUGAUGAUCAUUGUUUAUGAAACCAGUUUUUCCUCUUUGAGAGUUCCUGGAAGAGGCAUUUGCUGGAAAUCACAGAUUUGCUUGUACGCUAAACUCCCAGCGACCCUGUUUUAUCAACUGCACUUCCAGUUCUUAUUGUGAGCUUUUUGUAAUUUCAGUGCUGAUGAAAGAUAAGUGACAGUGGCACAAGGGAGUUCCUUGGGGGUGCUUCAGAGCGUAAUAGGGGAUAUGCAGCAUGACUCCGAAAAAUGAAAAUAAUAAUCUUGAAUUUAUUUUUUUUAACAGUGUUAUAUAUGAAAUCUCUAAUCCACUGCAAAUAUGUCUUUCAUUUUUGUUCAGCAACUCAAAAGCUACAGUCUGACUAUCAUUUCAAAGUUAUCAUCCGCCUGUGUGCAUGCGUGGUUUGGGAUGUGCAGAUUUCCACUCUGAUAUUAGCUGCAGCUGCAUUUUAGUAACAGAGAUAGCAGCUUGUGGAAUUUGUUUUAAGGAAGAAAACAUAAAAACACAAGAGUCCCUUUGGCUAUUCUUUUUACUUUAAUAAAAAGAUUAUCUCUGUCA